AUGACGGCCGGAACCAGUCAAGCAGACGCCUCCCGGUCACAGUCCCCUCCCUCCGACUACAGCGGCCCAUCGUCCGAUGGGGACCGCAGGAGCGUGGCCGAACUGGUAAGUAUCCUCACAGGAAAAGACCACGGUCAAGGACAAAGGGGUAAUAAAGAACCCAACGAUGCAAACCGAAGCAGGCCCCACCGGCCCGUCAACGACGGACCCAACAAAGUUGCGCGCGACCCCGACCAAACAACGGGACCGCACCCAACCACAGCCGGCGCACAACAAAACAACAGACGCAUCGACUACUUAGACCCCAGACUCGACCCACCUACGAGCCAAGCGACGCACCACAUGACAGACCGCUCGCGGGACGUCAGGGACCUCUCCGUCUAUGAGAGAUAA